AUGAGUUUUGAUAAUAAUCCUUCUACUGCACAAAAAGAUGCUUGGAAAAGAGAGCAAUUAGAAUUAAGAUCAAGGUUAAUAGAAGUUGACGAUUUAAGUUUUUCAAAAAAAAUUAUUGAAAAAAAUAAUAAACAAAGAAUAGAAUUUGAAGGAUUAAAUUAUAUAGGUGGAGUUGAUUUAAGUUUUAUUGAAAAUAAUAAUGAAGAUGCAGUAGCUUCGUUGGUUGUCUUAGAAUAUCCAAGUUUAAAAGUUAUCUAUGAAAAUUAUAAAAUGGUUAAACUAAAACUUCCAUAUAUUGCUGGAUUUUUGGCAUUUCGAGAAGUCACACCGUUACUAGAAUUACUUCAAAAUCUUCGACAAACUAAUCCUAAUAUAUUUCCACAAGUUGUAAUCGUUGAUGGUAAUGGUUUAUUACAUCCAAGGAAAUUUGGAUUGGCUAGUCAUUUGGGUGUACUAGCAGAUGUUCCUACCAUUGGGGUUGGUAAGAACUUUUUGCAAAUUGAUGAUGGAAAUGAAUUAACCAUGUUACAUGUGAAAAAGACAGUUAAAGAAAAGUUGAAGAAAGGUGGUGAUGCAUAUUUCCUUUGUGGUGUUUCUGGCACAACAUAUGGCGCGGCGGUUCGAAGUUUAGAAAACACUACGAAUCCAAUCUAUGUAUCAAUUGGUCAUAAAAUAUGUCUUGACACAGCAAUUCAAUUAGUUGUCAAAUGUUGUCAUUAUCGUAUUCCAGAGCCUACAAGACAAGCUGAUGUGCGAUCCCGAAAUUUUGUUAAAAACCUUUUGAAAUAUACUAUAUAA